ACACACACACACCUUCCCUCCCUCCCUUGUGUGUGCAGAUCCGGGUAGAUUGAGUCUCCAGUUCCCAGUCAGGGGAAAGACGGACACAUAGACAAGAUGGCCUCAGCGAAUGACACCAAACAAGUGCAGAAAGAUGCUGCGGAUCAGAAUUUUGACUACAUGUUCAAGUUGCUGAUCAUUGGCAAUAGCAGUGUUGGCAAAACCUCAUUUCUGUUUCGGUACGCAGAUGACUCAUUCACCUCUGCCUUUGUCAGCACAGUCGGCAUUGACUUCAAAGUGAAAACUGUCUACAGAAACGAGAAGAGGGUGAAGCUACAAAUAUGGGACACUGCAGGUCAAGAACGUUACCGGACCAUCACUACAGCCUAUUACAGGGGUGCCAUGGGAUUUCUGUUGAUGUACGACAUUGCCAACCAGGACUCCUUCAGUGCUGUGCAUGAUUGGGCUACCCAAAUCAAAACCUACUCCUGGGACAAUGCUCAGGUAAUCCUAGUUGGCAAUAAAUCUGACCUGGAAGAUGACCGUGUUGUCCCUGCAGAAGAUGGAAGGCGAUUGGCUGACGAAUUAGGCUUUGAGUUUUUCGAAGCAAGCGCCAAAGAAAACAUUAACGUGAAGCAGGUUUUUGAACGCCUAGUCGACAUCAUCUGCGUGAAGAUGUCUGAGAGUCUCGAUGGCGAUCCCACACUGAUGAGCAACAACAAGAAUUCAUCCCUCGCUGAGAAUCCCCCCUCACAACCAAGCAGCUGUGCAUGCUAGAAAGCCCUGCCCUCUGACCUCUUGCUCUCGCUAAAUCAUCAAACACAGAGAGCCCACAGAUUUGGGUUGGUUGAUGGGAGGGGGAGGGGAUGGAGGUGUUUGCAAAGGGAGUGAAAUUAGGCUUUAAAAUGUAUUUAAGAUUCAGGGCUAACACGUGUCAAAAUAUAUUUCAUUUUUUAAAUUAAGAACUUGGGGAGAUGGUGGGUUAGUGCCAACGUCGCUGGGCCCAGGUGGGGGAACAAUGGGUUCAAAUCCUGCCAUGGUGGAAUUUAAAUUCAAUUGAUACUUCCCGAAUUGAAAGCUAGUCUCUGUGAUGUUAACCGUCAAUUGUAAUAAAAUCACGCCUGGUCCCCUAAUGUCCUUUCGGGCAAGAAUCCUUCCGUCCUUACCUGGUCUGGCCUGCAUGCAACUCCAGGUUCACAGCUAAUGGGGUUGAAUUGCCCUCUGCAAGGACUGGGGAAGUCACUUGGUCCCAGAGCAGCGAGGGAUGGGUGACAAAUGCUAGCCUUGCCAGUGGAACCAAGGAAGAAUAAAGGGCAGUGUUCUCAUCUCGGACUCCCGAAACAAUAUGUCAGAGCGCCGAAGGUAAAUACUUGUGUGAGAAUGGUAGGUGGGUGCUGAAAUCCACUGCCUAUCCCACAGAGCUGUUGGUUUCAGCACCUGUUCACACAGCUCCACGCGGCUAUUGUUAAACCCACUGGCUAACGCUGGGCAGUGGGAAUUGGUGGAUCUGGUACCCGUUCAGCCCUGACAUUGACAGCCAAGGGGUUUGUACCUUCCUUCGUUGGGAAGGCAACCUGGGACCCCGUGUAGGAAUAAACCAUUUUUAUUUUCAAUAAAGUGACCCCAAAUUUAGAUUUUAUUUUUCUUUUGGAAGGGAAUAUGAAGACUGCAGAUAUUAACCAAUGAUGACGACAGAUUGGAAAUUGUAGGACCACUCCCUUGUAUCUCAGUGGGUUCUUGGUGGGCAAUGGAUUAAAAAUGGGAACAUACAUUGCUCAGUGAAAUCCCAUUCUCCAUCAAUCUUUGUUCCUACCCCACAAUGUGGGUGAUACUACAUUAGGAAGGGAGCCUAUAAUUUUGAGUUUUCUGCUUUUCUUUGAGUCCUGGCGUUUUUGCAAUGAAUCAUGUGAAGCAUUAAUGCCAAAUUUGCAGCGGUAUUUUGUAUGUGCAUGUUGCCAUGUUCCUCUGCCCUAUAAGUAUAAAUUAAUUGUUUCGGAAUUGG